AUGGCGGUAUUCCUCGAUCUUCCUCUGAGGUUCUCCAAGGAGAAGUACCUGCUGGAGUCUCCUCCUGAGAAACUUCGUAAGGAGUUGGAGGAGGAGCUGAAACUGAGUGCUGCUGACAUCAGGAGCCAUGGCUGGUACCAUGGACACAUACCCAGAGAGGUGUCAGAGAGCCUGGUUGUCCGUAAUGGAGACUGCCUUGUGCGUGACUCUCUGACCAGCGUGGGCGACUUCGUACUGACCUGUCGAUGGGACAAUGAGGUGCUGCACUUCAAGAUCAGCAAAGUCCUGGUCAAAUCCAACGAGACCAAGGUGCAGUACGUGUUGGAGUCCGACAGCUUCGACUCGGUCCAGGAGCUUGUGCGGUUUUAUAUCGGCCAGCGCAAACCGGUCUCCCAGUCCAGCGGGGUCCACAUCUACUGUCCGGUGAGCAGGACGCUCCCUCUGCGCUACCUGGAGGCCACCUUCGCUCUGGCCAUCAGCAAGCAAAGCUCCGCCUACUCGCCAUCCAGUCAGAGGGGAGCGCAUAUCAAGAGACGGAGCGUCACCAUGACGGAUGGGCUGACGACGGAGAAGAUGAUACCUCACAGUGACUCCGACAGUCCCAGUCCAGUUAGGACACCAAUGGCACCACCAGAACCAAAGCCGGAACCUGUGCCCAUCUGCAGCCCGUCGACAAUCCACCACCAUAAAGACGCAAUGCGGAACUGUGCGAUGAGCAUGGACCAGAUUCAGGAGUAUCGCUGCCCUUUGUCACCUGUUGGGGAAACCCCACUUUCCCCUGCAUAUAGUGCGAUCACCAGGCAGAGAGCCCACUCAAGCGGGCGGGCCCUGGCUGUCGUCCCCCCCUCCCCCCAGAUGCGUCGUUCCAGCGACCCCCAGCUCAGCCCCUCAGCCGGUAACAACCCUCCAGAGCAUCCCGCGCACGCCUCUCACUCGGCGCACUCCACGCCCGCCCAUCAUCCCGGCUACCAAUCGCAUUCCUCAGAAACGGCAGGGAGCUACUGUGACCUCGGACCUUGCCCCGCCGGGCCCGCCGGGCCCCCUAAACCCCCGACCAAGAGCUACGUGGAGCGUUUGCGAGUGGAAGAAGGGAGGGGCGACGGAGCGAGGGCGGAGGGAAAUGGGAUGUUCAGCGCCCCACAGGUGGAGACGGCGUCCUCGUUCAGACCCUCCAGGUACGAGUCUCGCCUCAUGCCGGCUGAGAAUAAGCCUCUGGAGAUGUCGGUGCUGAAGAGAGUCAAAGAGCUGCUGGCUGAGGUGGACGCAAGGACCGCGGCGAAACACAUCACCAUGGCGGACUGCACGGUGGCUAGAAUAUUAGGUGUAACCUCAGAGACGCAAAGGAUGAUGGGCGUGUCCUCAGGGUUGGAGUUACUGACACUACCACAUGGACACCAGCUAAGACUUGACCUACUGGAGAGGUUCUACACCAUGUCUAUCAUGAUGGCGGUGGACCUGCUCGGUUGCACGGGAAGCACAGAGGAGAGGGCGGCGCUGCUCCACAAGACCAUCCAAUUGGCAGCAGAGUUGAAAAGCAACCUGGGCAACAUGUUUGGCUUUGCUGCAGUGAUGAGAGCCCUUGAGCUGCCACAGAUUUCCCGGCUGGAGCAGACGUGGGUGACUUUACGCCAGAGACACACAGAGGGAGCUAUUCUAUAUGAGAAGAAGCUAAAACCUUUCAUGAAGAAUAUGAACGAUGGGAAAGAGUCAAAUGCCCUCUCCAGCACCUCUGUUCCCCACAUCAUCCCCGUCUUGUCCUUAUUGGAGCGGGGCAUGACGGCUGGGGAGGUGCUGGAGCCCUGGGAGAGUGCCGAAGUGGGAGUAGAUGUGGUCAUGUACCACCUAGAGGCGGCUCGUACCAUCGCACAUCACGGGGGGAUCUACAGAGCCAACACGGAGACCAAACUGCAGGGAUUCCAGGAGCGAGCAGAAAUACACGAGAUCUUCCAGACAGAGUUUCAGAUGCGUCUCCUGUGGGGCAGCCGCGGCUCCGAGGGCAGCCAAUCGGAGCGCUACGAGAAGUUCGACAAAGUUCUCACCGCUCUCUCACACAAGCUUGAGCCUCCUGUGCGCCACAGCGAGCUAUAGCACCUGCCCCAACAACCGACAUCUCCACAGACAGCCCCAUCUGCACACACCACUCAUUGUGGUACGCUCUUGUUUUGCAUCGUAAAAGAUGAUGUGGAAGAGUCCACCGUGGACACUGGGGGGGGGGGGGGGGGGGGGAUGAAGAGGCAGCUAACGGAUCAUAAUCAGAGUGUAACAGAAAAGGGGGUCUCACUUAUAACACGUGUUACGCUCAAUGUGUACUUCUCUUUCGGUUCCUUCCUUUGGACUUCCUCAAGCAAAGUGGAAAAGAAGAUGGGGGAGGAGGGUGACCCGCUCCUCUGCAUGGUACAAACAGUAACAUGUGUACGGUGGCCCUCGAGGGCCACACAGAGCUGCAGAGUUUGGCUUUGCUCCAAUAAAACGGACUCUUGUUUCGAACAACUGCUGUCACACACUGUAACAGGAAUGCUAACAAUAACUUGCAUAGCUCAUAUAGAUUGUUUUGUCUCUGAGUGAGUGUGUGUCUGUGUGUAUGUUUGUUUACAUUCCUUCAUUUUUGUAUGUCAUUCAUGUUUCAUGUAUGUUUUUUUUUUGGUCUUAUUUAUUUGUUUUGAUCAAAGGGAUAUCUAAACAUCAUGGAUGUUGCUUCAACAAACUCCUGAUAAUCUGCUAGAGCUUAUUCUGAAGGAACUAUAUGCAUCAAGCCUUAUUAAAUAUGUAUCAAGCUGUCCCUUUGAGUCACAUUAAAAAUGUCAGAAAUUAAACAUUUGCAGAAGUAAUGCAGCAACUUCAAUAUGAGGGCUUUGCAAGUUGUUAAUGUGAAGAGGACAAAGCGACUUCCCUCUGUUGCACCUGUGUGACUAAUACAUUUUAUAUUGUGUUUCCAGUGCACAUAAUCUAGCUCAAAGCGGCACAAAGAGACAGAAGAAAAGUGGGAUGUACACUCUUUACAUUUUGUUUAAGCAACUUGGUAUUAAAACAUAUGUUUCAGUUUAAGUCUCAGAAAUAACUGAUAUGGCUGGUGCAUGCAGCUACACAUGUUAUACAAAGUAAAAUAUUGCUCUAAACUACUAAUUCAAAUAUCAAGGUGUCAAACUUGAGAAAUAUACAGAUGAUAAUAACAGUGAAGAUCUUUCAGGUCUGUAAAAUAAUCCAACCAGAUGGAUAAAUCUGUGAUUUUUUUUUCCAGUUUCAAAGCCAAUACAUAGACCACACCCCUGCUGACGGGAAUGUCUUUUGAUUGUAUGUUUUGAGUUUGUCUUUCAGCAAUGGAGCUAAUCCUUUUAUUGCUCUUGGGUUUUGUUAUGGAUGACCGCUCAGUGUUAAAUCGUGCCUGUAUUCACAGCAUGUGGGCCUGAGAGGGCUGCAGCCGACUCUGAGCUGUUCGAUCAUUGCAACCCAGGGCUGAGACCCCUGAGGUACAGACACCCAUUCACACACUUCACUUGUUGUCUCCCAUAUCACCUAUUAUUUAAAAUGUAUAUCCUUUGUUCUCUCUGAUGAUAUGAACCAAAGUCAUAUCAGAUAUCAAUCGAUCAGAAUGAAUUAAAAGAAUACCCUUCUGCCUGAUAGUUGCAUAUCAGAGAUUCUUAACUGGGUGUUUGAUUGUCCUGCUUUCGAGUCUGAGCCUGUGGAUCAUGAGGUGAGGAGCCAUGUGCCAGUUCCCACUGGUCCAACAGGGGGCGAUCUUUAAUUAUCAAAACACUGAAUCAUUAAUUGUAAUACAAUAAUAACAGGAGGAAAUAUAUACAAAAAACACAUGUAUUGUGUGUUUUGAGACCAAUGUUUGAUACCAAUAUAAUUAGAUAUGAAAUCUGCAGGUUUAGGUUGGAUAUCUGAUAACACGGAUGAUGAAAAGAUGUUGAUGUGAUGUGUUUUUAUUUGUCCUGAUGAAUGCUGUACAGGAAUGCUCCGACCGUGUAUGGAUACUCCUGUUUUUUUCUAACAGGACUGCUUGAGUUGAACGUGAAAAGCAAAAGAAACAAGAAAUGUUUCAGGACUGAUCUCACGAUUUGAUUUGAUUUUUUUCCGAACUGUACAAAGCAAUUCACUGUUUUUCAAAUAAAAUGAUUGCUUGUGUGAA